AUGCGUAAAUGCAAAAUCUUCGUCGGUAACUCCCAUCCUGAAUUAGGUAAACUAGUCUGUGAAAGACUAGGUAUUGAACCAGCACCAUGUACCUUAAAGAAAUUCGCCAACGGUGAAACUUCAGUCCAAAUAGGUGUAUCAGUAAGAGACGAAGAUGUCUAUGUCAUUCAAUCUGGCUCACCCACCAUCAAUGAUCACAUCAUGGAAUUAUUAAUCCUUGUCUCUGCUUGUAGAGGUGGAUCCGCUAGGAAAAUUACAGCUGUCAUACCACAAUUCCCUUACUCAAAACAAUGUAAGAUGAAAAAACAUAGAGGUGCCAUCACUGCGAGAAUGUUGGCUAAUUUAUUAGUCAUGGCGGGGGCUGACCAUGUAGUUUCCAUGGAUUUACAUGCUUCUCAAAUGCAAGGAUUCUUCACUAAACCAGUGGAUAAUCUUUAUGGUGGUCCAAGUUUGGCAAAAUGGAUUAGAGAAAAUGUGGAAGAUUAUGAAGAUGCAGUGGUUGUUUCAAAAAAUCCAGGUGGGACUAAAAGAGUUACUGCAUUGGCUGAUGCUUUGAAGAUUAAUUUCGCUAUGAUUCAUACUGAUCGUCGUCGUGCUAAGGAUAUUUAUUCUCAAAAUAGAGAUUUACAACAAUUGAGAUUAAGGAAACAAUCUAUGUUGAGGAAAAAUAAACCAAUUAUAAGACAAGGAGACGAUCCUAAUGAAGAGGAAAAUAUCAUUUUGACUAAUGGAAUUCAAACUGCAAGAAUCCGUAAUGGUCAUGUCAUUGGUGAUGAUGAGGAAGAUGAAACUGAGAAUAAUAAGAAUGAUGACAAUGAUACAGCUUUGGAAUCUGAUAGUGAUGACGCUCCCUCUAUUGUCGCUAGUGAUUCUUAUGCGUUAGGUGGUACUUAUGAUGCCGUUGAUUCUGAAGAUGAAAAGGAAAUUGAAGAAUUACAAAAAGAACAAUUGAUUACUUUGGUAGGUAACGUUCGUGAUCGUUCUGCCAUUAUUUUAGAUGAUAUGGUAGAUAGUCCUCGUUCAUUCAUUAGUGCCGCUGAACAUAUGGCUCAAAAUUGUGGUGCUAAGAAAGUUUAUGUCGUAGCUACGCAUGGUAUAUUUACAGGUGAUUGUUUACAAGAAUUAGAAAAAUGUGAAUAUAUUCAUAAAAUUAUCGUCACUAAUACGUAUCCAAUCCCUCAAGAAAGUUUGAAUUCUAAAAAAUUGGUCGUCAUUGAUGUAUCUCCAAUUUUUGCUGAAUGUAUUCGUCGUGAUCAUUACGGUGAAAGUAUUUCUGUCUUAUUCGAUUCAUUAGCAACCAUUUAA